AUGGUCUACUUUUUCAACAUAAUUCGUAUUCCGGAAUCUGAUUCUAAUUUAUUGAGUAGAAUAACUGAAUUAUUAGGCAAUGAAAAGUGUUCAAAUGUCCUGAUACAAUAUGGUGCAAAUAAUCAGCUGAAUUCAAUAUGUGAAUGGAUCCCUAGAAUCGGUGGUAUCUGUGGUGCUUUAGCACUGAUAGCGUGUGCCUAUGGAACACUCGGUUUAUGGGAGACAAAUGGUAAAUAUAAGAAGAUUUUUCAGAUGGGUGCACACUAUCAUCUAAUACACUCGUUAGCAAUAAAUCAAGCAUCAAAUACAAAACACCCAAUACUGACAACAACACUACUGGUGAUUGGUACAACUCUAUUCUCUGGUUCGUGUUAUUAUGUAGCCAUCAGUGGUAAUGAAUCUGCAUCUAAAUUUGCGCCAAUCGGCGGCUUAACAUUACUACUAGCUUGGAUAUCAAUGAUUUUAUAA